AUGGCGAAGGCGCUCCUGCUCAACGCGCUGCACGACGCGCUGUCGGACUAUGUCGUUGGACUCUCUCCCGAGCGCCUCAAGGUCGGGGUGUGGUCCGGCAAGAUCGUGCUGGAUGAACUGCAGGUCAACCCGGAGGCUGUCAACCAGUUGCGGCUGCCGGUCAACAUCAUCCACGGCACGGUCAAGAAACUGGAGGAAUUCGUGGGGAGACCAAGAGGUGCGGGAGAGGCGCUCUCGGCAUCAAGAGGGCCGCCCUCGAGAAGGCGGAGGGCGGCGACAAAGAAGGAAAAGGAAGGGGGGAAUGGGGGCGAUGACGACACGAAAGGGUUCGUGGAGAAGCUGGUGCAGCGCAUCGUGGACAACAUCGAGAUCAACGUGGCCAACAUCCACAUCAGGUACGAGGACACGGUGCUUGUGCCGGGACAAACGAUGUCAACCGGGGUAUGCCUGGAGUCGUUCGUGGUGACUACCACCGACAAGGACUUCGUGCCGCAGUUCCUCGACCGCACCGGUGGCCAGGCCUGGGAUACAAGGAUGCACAAGUUGGCCCGCGUAACGGGGUUUUCCGUGUACUGGAGAGUCGACGACAAGGAGAGGUACGAGUUGAUCCCCGCGCAGUUCAGGAGCGAGGCACUUCGCAGGUUUGUGGCGGAGCAGGCGGUGUCCCCGCCGGGGGACAACGGGGGGGGGCUGGAGAGGGGAGACCUGAUUCGGCCGAUCGGUGCGGUUCUGAAGGUCAUUCACUGCGAUCACCCCGAUGACAAGACGGGGCCCAAAUUGGAGGCUUCGUUCGAGAUGGACGACGUCAAGAUGGACUUCCGCGCGGAGCAGUACGAACAGGCGCUCUCCCUCAAGGACUCCAUAGCGGCCCUCGCCAACUGGCAGACGUUCUUCCCCUACCGCCCCAAGGCUACCCCAAAACGAGACCCCAGGGCUUGGUGGAGGUAUGCCUUCCUGUGCGUAAGGGGAAAGCCUCAAGACUGGGGAAACCUGAACAAGGUGCUCAUGUCGAGGAAGGAGUACGUGUUUCUGUUCGAGAAACUGGCUGCGGCUGGUGCCGGUGCCGAAGACGCAUACGCGCGCACGAAGGUCGGCUCGUCGCAGGGCCUCUCGCCCCCGCUCACACCGAGGGAGCAGCGCAGGCUGUACGAGCUCGAGGAGGAACUCCCCCUGCAGACCAUCCUCAUGUUCCGGACGAUGGCACGGAAAGAGAUCAAGCGCAAACGGGACGCGGAAAGGGCGAAGAUGAGUCCGCAGGAGGUAGCGGCGCUGGCGGCAAGAAACAGCGGGGGCGGGGGAUGGUGGGGCAGCAUCUGGGGAAGAGCCAACACCAAGAAGGAAGACGGAGACCUGGCCCUCCAGGACCUCACAGCAAGCUUCGGGCACGACGCGGAGGCUAACAAGGUGCCCCCCGACUAUCUCCAGGCGCGGGUGACGGUGCAGCCACACGGGUCGAUGAGGCUGUACGGGCGGCGCGACCUGCCUUUGGUGGAGGCCUCGAUCGUCGCCUCGGCCACGGUGGAGCGCCGAGAGAACACCUCGAUGGCAUGCAGCUUCCGCCUUGCUCGACUGGAGGUUCUUGAUCUCUUCACGCAGCGGGCGGUGUUCCCCCAUUUGCUCAAGGUCGGCGGCCACGAGGAGGAGGCCGAAAACGACACCCCCGAGCUCAAGGAGGCCAGAGCAAAGGUCGCCGCCACUGUUGCUGCUGGAGCGGUCGGGGGGAUCAAGAGGGGCAACAUCCGCCCGUCGAGCCGGGGGAUGGCAGAAGAACGCCCCCUGGCCUGCUUGAACGCCUCCCUCACCGAGACCGCGCUGAAGGUUGAUAUCUGCGCGCUGCCCACGGACGUGGCGUACAACAGGGAGGUAGUGGAUGCGGUCGUCAGCGUCUUCAGCGCCCGGCCUGCGGAGACCAAGGCGGCCAUGUCCAACGCCACGAAGGGGCUAGAGGCAGCGCAAGAAAAAACGAAGAAGGAGCUACCUCGGCUGUCCGUGUCCAUGUCCCUGGACGUCGCGGCUCCCAGGGUCGUCGUGCCCGUGUCGUCCUCCCUCGACGCUGGGUUCGUGCUGUUGGACAUGGGCCACAUGCUGGUCGAAGGCGGGAGCGUCGAGGGCGGGGCCAUGGCCUACAGCGCCGAGCUCAGUGACAUGAACGUGAGGUUCCCCGCGGAGAGGUCGUUGCUGCUGGUGCGGAGCGAGAUGGACGCGGUUAUCGAACCCUUCAAGAUCAAGGCAGACGUGACUGUCGGCGGAGGUGUUUCCAAACCUGGGAUGGCGUUUGCGGUGGAGGUGAUGCCCGGGGUGAGAGGCGUCAUGUCACCGGAGAAGAUUCGCGGCCUGCUUCGCGUGCUGGACUACGUCACCAAGGCCGACCUAGGGCGAGGGGGGCCGCCCGUGGGUCUUGCCGCACCCAACACCUCCACCGGGGGAGGGGGGUUAGGGGUCGAGCGGAUGGGGGAGGGUGACGGGUUGGUGGCGAUUGAGGUGGACAGCUCGGCGGGAGAGGAGGACGUUCAAGAGGAACCCCUGGUUUCCGUGGAGCUUCGCAUGAAAUUGCCCACGAUCGGCUUGCUGCUGGUACAGGACGACAAGGACGCCACGCAAAGAGAUAACGGACUGUUCAUGGAGGCGGCGGGCAUGUCGAUGGACGUCAAGACCACGCUGCGGGACAUGACCGUACAACUCCACUUGGACGCCGUGACGGUCCAGGACAGGGCCAGGCCGCACGACUCUCCGUUCAGGAACAUGAUCUACUCCAAGCCGGACGAGACGUCCCACGGCGGCCUGAUACACGUCACCUACUGGGCCUCCACAGGAGGGGUUGCCCUCGUGCCGCCGGCGUCGAUCGCGGACACGAACCAGAAGGAGUACCACAUGGUGCUGGAUGCUCGGUUCAGCACGCUUCAGAUGGCACUUGACAAGGAAUCCGUCAUCAAGGCCACCCCGUUCUACCGGGCGGUAAUGAGGCAGGACGAAUCCCAACACAGCAGUAGUCUGGCGGCGGGUGGUGGUGUUGGUGGUGGGUUCAACAGGGCAAAGAGCUGGAUGGACGACACCCGCUCCGUGCGGUCGGCAGGCUCGCACAUUUUCAACAUGGCCAAGCGCAUCACCUCGAAAAACGAAGGACCGAAGGCGAUCCUCGCCAAGGCCUCGCUAACUUCGGUCCUGUUCGAGCUCGUGCGAUCGGACCCCUGGGAGACGGUGAUGCGGGCGGGUAUCUCGGGCCUAAACACGACCUACAGUUCCAACGAGGGGGGGGGAGGCGGGAUGGAUGCGCUGGUGACCCUGGCGGACAUUCUUGUCACCGAUGUCCGGCCAGAAGCGAAUGGAAACCCCUUCACGGUCAUCUUGGCACCCUUAGCAUCAACUGCAAGGGGCAAAACUCACGGCGAAGCAGGUGGCAGUUUUGGUAGUACUAGCGGCUUCGCCGAGAGGGCAGCAGGCGGGAGGCCGAGUAGGGGCGGGCUCGGCUAUGGCGGGUGGGGUGGUGGCGGCGGCGGCGGCGGCGGCGGCGGCGUUGACGAAGCCCCUUUGGUCACCGUAACGGCUAAGAAGGACGGCGAAGGUGGAGCCCUGGACGCGGGCGUCAAGCUAGCAAGCUUCGCGUGCAACUUUAUGGUAGACCCAAUCAAGGAGUGUCUGGUGGUCUUGCACCAGGUUAACCUAGCUCUACUCAAGAUGCUGGGCAGCGGCGAGGCGGAUCGGAGCCAUGAGCACACCGCUCCCAGUGAAGGAUGGGGGGCGCAAGGACGAGUUGGAGCUGGUCCUGGUUCUUCGUGGGCUCUCUCGGCUCUGGAAGAGCGGGAAGAAUAUGGGUCAGCGAGCACACCGGCGAUGGACAGUGGUUACCUAGCGCGGGGCCAACAAGAGAAAUCAAGCAUGCUUGGGUCGGCCGCUUUUCACGAGGCCUCUCGGUACCGUCGUGACGGCGGAACGGCCGGGAGGGCGCGGACAGGAAGACAACCAGGGGAGUCGACCACGGCGGCGGCGGCGGCGGCGUCACCUGGUUCGAUUCGAGCUCGUCUGGAGCUGGAUGACUGGAGGAUCAACCUUAUCGAAGAGCCUUCCAAGGCGAGCAGCAAGGUCGUCGUGCUACGCGCAAGCUGGCUGGCCGCUUUCACGCGCUCGGUCACCUCGGGGGAAGGAGGCGACAGCACAGAGGACAGGCUUGACCUCUCGCUCUUGAAAACCGAGUGCCUGGUCGACACCCCUCCAAUGGGCGGCGGCAGCAACGGUGCGGUUGCAGACCGCAGGAUCAGCCAGGUGCUGGAGCCCUUCUCCGCGGAGGUUUGCGCUGUCCUCUUGUCGGCCAAAGGAGCGCUGCUCUCGGCGAAGCUUCACGUUGUGGUCCAGGCCACCCGCACCCGGAUUUCCUAUACCGACAUGAUGCUCGUGAAGGCCAUCGCAGAACGUGCCACUACCGCUUACGACAAAGUCUCGUCCGCGUUUGCGAACAACGCCGAGGCGUCCUCCCGCGGCCCGGGAAACGACCGGGGCGGCGAUGGGCGUGCCGGUCUGAUGAGCAGCAUACUGCCGGAGACCUACGAGGACGCAAGCGACCGGCCGGGCGGCGGCAAGGGGGAGAAAGCACGCGUCGCCGCGAUGAAGGCCGCGACGAGGGCCGGCCUGCAGCCGUCGAACAUGGUCGCGGUGUCAUUCUCGGCCCGCUGCUCGAACGCCCGGGUGGUGCUCGUGAACGACUACGAAGGGCAAGGGGUGCCCGUCCUCAGCUUCUCCUCGCGGGAGCUGAAGGCCGAGGGGAACGGUUUCAAGGAGGAGUACAACUUGAACGUUUCGGGCACCACAGAAGUGGGAUUUUUUAACGUGAAGGUGGUGAGGUGGGAGCCCCUGUGCGAGCCGUGGCAGCCGGUGCUGACCGCCACCGUUGGGGCAGACUUCCAGGGGAGGCGGACGGUGCAGGUGAAUCUCUCGUGCGAGAAGGUGGUGGUGUUCGACGUGACGGCCGACUUCAUGGAGUCGUUCCUGUCGACUUACUGGAUGCUCUUCAGCGACGGCGGUGCGAAAGACGACCCAUUCGCCCUCGUCGACGGAAAAAUCGAGCGAGGGAGCGGCAGCACCCCAUCACCAACGGGAGGUGCGGCUCCUGCCUUGGAGUCGGUAGCCCCCUUGAUUGACCUUUCUGAACCGAGCACACUGCAUCGUAUCGAGGAUUCCGUGCCCAGCCUCAAGGGGCUUAGGGAAGGCACCGUGACGGUCAGGAACAAGACCGGGCUCGAGCUUGUCGUCGGCACGACGGAUUUUCCCCAGAAUCGCCUCGAGCUCGGGGCACAGGGCGUCGUGCACCUCCCCUUUAAGACGCGCGGCGAUGAGGCGCUUGCGGGGCAACUCGAUCUUCGCGGAAAGGCGGCGCUGGUGGCGUGGGACGACCCGGAUAUACAGAGAACGCGGGAGGCUUUGCCGCCCCUGAAGGUGGACCGCAAGGGGGUUCACGUGUUCCCGCUCUUGCCUACCACCCCGCUGCCUUCUGGCUAUGUCGCUUCAGCCCCCGUUGUUGUGGAAGCUUUCCAGAGCCAGCGGUACAACAUGAUGACUGGGGUGUGGUCGGCACCGUACAUGAGCCACGACGGGCCGGAGUUCACGACAAAGGACUGGCGACACGGCCACCCCGCGGACGGCCGGGAGAGGCCCCUGGAGUCCAUCGCCUUACCCGACGAGAGGUUGUGGGCGUGGAGGGACGACUGGCACGUGGACUUCUCCAAGGCAGUGGGCACAGAAAUCGACGAGGCUGGAUGGGAGUACCGCGUCGAGAUGGCAUCGUUUAACCUCAUCGCCAGCAGCCGCACUCGCAGGGACCUGGACCAGGCGCGGCGGCGCAAGUGGAUUCGCACCCGCGCGCCCAAGCCAUUGCCGAUGAACGAUCCCUUCCGCCCGCUGCACCUCGCCUGGCAGAUCGACGUCACUCCGCAGGGCCGCCUCGAGGCGACAAUCCGCUCCACGGUCCAGCUUACGAACAGCACUGGCCUGCCCCUGGAGGUGCGCGCUCUGUGCUCCGCGUGGCCGGCGACGGAAGACAUCUCCGAAGGCCCCGGCAGGCGCUCGCUGGGGUUCGUCGCCGCCGGGUGCACGCUGGACGUUCCCGUCAUGAUGGUCUACGCCAGCCAUCUGCAGCUGCGGCCGACCUCGUCGUCAGGCUCGUCAACCGACGGGGUCUCGUCCAUCGCUGUCGGAGGACGUGCCGGGGGAAAAGGUUCACAGGAGGGUAAGGUCUUCGAGUGGAGCGCACCGCUAGCCUUGCUCGCGAACAACGUGGACACCUCUCGCGACGACUGGGUGUCGUGCCGCCAGCUCUUGGGUGGCGGCGUCGGCGUCGGGAGUGAAGGACAGCAGGAUUCGACGCUGGCCGCCAUCAAACUCGCCGUGCACGCGGAGACCACUGCGGAGGGCUGUGUUGUCAUGACCGUCCUACCGCCCGUCACCGUCGUGAACGCCCUCCCUUGCCCCCUGAGCUUCCGGGCGUUUUUGCCAGCGGGUUCGACGGCAGCGGUUCGUCGAGACUCGUCCUUCCGGGGAGCGACCGCCGCUCGUGCUCCCGCCGCUCAAUCUUCAGCCGCGACGUUGCUGGAAUCGGGUAGGGUCGAAACGGCGGAAACGGCCUACCUGCACACCCUCGAGGUCGGUGACGGCGCCAAGUUUGGCAUCAAGAUCGGGCACCACCAGUGGAGCUCCGCCCUUCAACUUCUCCCUCUGACGCGGGAGGAGCUGCGGGCGGGACGCUGGGCCACGCGAGGCGUGACGUUCAAGCUUCCGUGUUCACGCGACGAUGGCGGGGGUAGCGGCUGCGGCGGAGACCGUGGUCAUCUUGAAAUCCGGUGCCUCUUCGAACCGCGUGUUGGGGCGUUCUGCCCGGCGUUACGCCUCCACGUGUUCUGCACCCACUGGCUCGUGGACCGGUCGGGUCUGCGGCUCGGGUUCGGGGUUUCCGAUAGGCGGAGGCUUUCGGUGCCGGUGGUCCGCGGCAACGAGACCCACACAAAAGACGUGGCGAAAAGCGAAGCCAGCGGGAGGGGACAAGUCCAACAGCCGCGUCACGCUCGGGCGUCCCGCGUGGAGCAGGUGUCCUGCGCGAGCACCAGCGGGUGUGUCGUGUCCAUCGCAACUGUCGGUGGCCUCCUCUACACCGACCGCGAGUACGUGUUCAAGGAGGACUCGCUGCCUCGCGCGUUCCGCGGAGCUACCAUGAUCCGUACGUCCUGCUCCGAGAAGAACAACGGAAGUCAGCCCUUCCUCAGGUUCAGGGUGGCGGACGCCUCGACGGUGCACGUGCUGUUCGAUCGCCGUUGCUCUUACCCCCCGAGCUGGUUGACGUCCAGGUUCCGCCUUACUGCCACACGGGUGCACAUGCCUCAAAGGACAAGGAAGGGUAAGAUCGCGGAGUGCUCCCUUGUGGUGUGGAGCCGCGACGUCCCCGCGGGUUCCUGGGUCAACCUCGGCGGGAACAGGGCUAGCGAGGCGGACACCAUGUACGUCGUGAUCAUCACCGAGGGGCAAGAGGCCGCCCCUGCCAGAGCCGUCCCCGCCGAAGGCUUCGCCGCGGCAGGAACAUCCACCUCCGGCGGCGUCAAGCGCACGACCAACAGCCAGGGGGAACUCUUGGAGUCGUGGACACUCGGCACAGAGGGCCUCGCGCUUUGCAACGCUCCGAAAGAGCGGUUGCGGGUGGCGGUGCCUGAAGGUGCGGGACGCGGCAUCGACGGCGGCGUCAGCGGUGUCUACGGCGAUGACGGUUUCGGCCGCUUGACGCGGGACGCGUGGUCGGACGAACUCGACGUUCCCGGCGGCGCAAACGGAGUGUUCCAAGUCAAGGGCACCCAGGGAGAGGUCUACGAGCUAGCGCUCCGGGCGGAGGUGUGCCCAGGCACGUUCCGCCGCACCACCCAGGUCACCGUGAUCCCCCGCUUCUGCAUGGUGAACCUGCUCGAGGAUGAGAACAUCUGGCUCAAGGAAGCCGGGGCGCCCGAAUCGAGCGCCAUUUGCAUCCCGCCGGGCGGACGGCUCCCGUGGCACUGGAUGCUCGGGAGGAACCAACGCGCCGGCGUAAGGGUUCGAACGGAGGGCACCGCAUGGAGCUACGGCGACGUGGUCAUCAACCGGGUCGGCACCACGGCCGUGCACGUUCCCCUCGUCGGGCAGAACCAGGAUCGCGACGGGCGGGCCGGCGGACGCAGCGGCGGAGGGCCGAUGCAGCUGGACGCGCCCGCGGGAGAACAGACGGUGGUGCACGUGGACGUACAGCUCGCCGACGAUCCAUUCGUCGACGAGUACUCCCUGCUGGUCGUUUUCUGGAAGGCCAACGAGCGGUUCGCCCCCAUCUACUCCGCCCGCAACGCGAGCCCCGUCACGGUGCACCUCCACCAGGCCGUCGCCGACCGGGAGGGGCGAAACGCCGUGACUGCUAAGGACGUCUGGAAGCUCCAGUCGGGAGAGAGGCGCCAGAUAGGGUGGGCCUACCCCGCCGCGCCGCGUUGCCUGCUCAUCUACGCGGGAAGGGGGACCCGCGCCGUCGAGCUCAACACCGAUACGGUCGGGAACUACGUCAAGGUUCCUACUGGGUUGGCCAUGACCGGAGGAGUCGCCGCCGGGGGCGGGGGUGGCGGCGGCACUGGAAGUGGCGCUACGGGCCCGAGCUUCGUUUGGGCAAGCGUUAUCGUGAAGGGCGCCUCCAAGGUUAUCCAUAUUUCGUCCCGCCCCCCUCCCCGGAGGAGAGGGGUCGGCGGUGGUGACGGGAGCCAGCAGCAGCAGCACGAGGAGGAAGCCGCAAGCAAGCUUAAGCGCGAGAGCGAGGCGCCGGCGCUGGAGGUGGCUGUAGACAUGCGCGGGUUCGGGUUGAGCCUGAUCGGACCGGUCGAUGGUCGUCGUCAAGAACUGCUUUAUGCACAGAUUUCCAACGUUCGGGCUAAGCUGUCGCGGGACAGGUUGUCCUCUGUACAAGCGUCGAUCGGCUCUCUCCAGGUGGACAACCACCUCCCGGACAGCAUAUAUCCCGUCCUUCUCAGCAAGAGACAGGAAGGGCCGCCUCCUGCAGGCGACGGAAACCGUGGCGGCGGCAGCGGUAGCCUUGGGAGCGAAAGCGGUAGAAGCAGCAGCGGCAGGCCGCAGCAAGAAACGCCCUUCCUACAGCUAUCGAUCAUCAAGGAGGUCAACCAGGCCACCAAUACGGCCCACUACGACUACGUCGCUUUCCGGAUGCUGGAGGUUGACUUGAUGUCGGAUCGAGCGACCCUUCUGCACCUCCUGGUGUGGUGCAAGCCGUUGCAGGGGUACCUCUUGAUGUGGAGGCAGCAGCUGGACAGCCCCGCUUGGGUGGUCGAGCGCACGGCGCAAGUGCUUGAGAGGGGCUCGCGCGACGUGCCGGGUGGCUCUGUCGACGUCGAGGAGGUCCGGCGUACUGCCCGCAUCCAACGGAAGUACUUCAAGACCAUGCAGUUCCACCCCAUCAUCUUGCGCUUGAGCUACGUAAACUCUCCCGCAUCGGACCGACUCGUCAAGAAAGCCGGGUGGGCUAUCAUCAACAAGAUCCCGACCAUGGUCAAGAGCCGGGUUGACUUGGCAUCCUACCUGGUGGAGGAUGCCUUUGGCACCGUCAGAGACAUCUCCAAGAACGUCAUUUCGCACUACUUCGUCGCUGCGACCUCGCAGGUGCUUAGCUUCGUGGGUGCCAUGCGCGCGUUGGGCAGCCCGGCGGACUUGAUCAGCAACAUCGGGGGCGGCGCCAAGGCUCUCGUGUACGCACCGGCGCAGGGCCUGGUGCAAGGGCCGGCCGAAUUCUUCGAGGGGGUUGGUCGCGGCGCUCACAGCUUUGUGAAAGGCACUGUUAAGGGGGUUUUCAACUCCGUGGCAGGCGUCGGCGGGGCUGUUACCGACACGGUGUCUAAGCUAUCCUUCGACAACGAUUACCAGCUGAGGCGCGAGAGAGACAAGAACAAGGCCAUAGCCAACCAGGGGGGCGUGGGCCAAGGACUGCUGCAGGGGAGCAAAGAUAUCGCCGGAGGCCUCACCUCGGGUGUUUCGGGGAUAUUCAUGGAUCCCGUCAGCGGAGCCAAGAAGGGAGGUGUCGGCGGAUUUUUCAAGGGCGUGGGAAAGGGCCUGGUUGGUGCCGUGGUGAAGCCCGUCGUGGGGGUGACCGACUCGGUCAUCUCGGUCGCGCAGGGCAUUUCCAACGAGGCGGAGAACGUUCAGCGGCAGAAGCAUCUUCGUCCGCGGCGGGCCUUGACAAAGGACUCGGAGACGGGCCAGCUGGUGCUAUUGGACUUCUCCAUGGAAGCGGCGGAGGCACAGGCGCUGGUCGAGAGCGGGGUGGCUGGCAAGGGAAGCACGGGCGACAAGUAUGAGUCCCACACGCAGAUUAGCGACCUGACCAUCAUCUUCGCGGACACCAGGAUGAUCUUGGUCAAGCGGACAAAGAAUGACCGGUUGGGGUCGGCCAAGAUGCUGGAAAGGUCGGGCGCUGCCAAGCCUUUGCAAAUGGUGUCCAAGCCGUGGGAAGAGGUGGCAAGGGUAGACGCGGUGGCCGAAAGCAUCGUAAUAGGGCGGUACAAUGGCGGGGACAUCUCCCUCAAGGCCGCUAUCGGAUCCAGGAGGGAGGAGCUGUACCGACAGUUUUACGUGCACCGGGACAAGAUGGGCGACCCGACGGCCAUGCGCACCCCUGAAGAAGUCUUUGGCACGGGGGCUUUCGAAAUGGCACCGCCUUUGGCGAUGACCAUGCGGGCAUACAGCACCUCCAUGAAGGACUCCCUCAAGGCGUAUACCUUCGGCAGUGCCUGCGGCCGCCAGAUCCAAAGUCACGGGCUCAGCAAUGCCCAGGUUCUCGAUCGAGCGGAGCGGCAGCUGCAGUCGUUCGUUGUAGGUAACUGGAGCGGCCUGGAUUACCUUACGUGGGAGCUCAUUCAAAACUGGAGUAGCGCCAACGUCGGAAUGAACUCCACUCGAUGCCUGUGCGUGGUGUUCAUCAACGCCUCCACGUCUCCGGUUCAGUUCCUGGAGAUUAGCAAGCGCGAUGGGCAGGGGUACCGCCUGAUGAUCGGGCCGCUCUGCGACGUGGACUCCCAGCAGCUCUUGCCGGGAGGGGUGGCCAUCCUGUUCGCUUGGGGACACCCCUCCACCAACAUCUUGAAGCAAGGUUUCGUGGCGAUGGUGGCCGAGACGACCGCUUUCUCGGGCGUGUUUGCCGUGCAGCGGGAGAAGGUGACGAUGUCGUCCAAGAGCGGCUUCCAGGCCGGCUUUCUUGAGAAGACCAUGCAGGAGAGGUGGAGCAAGCAAGUCGUCGUCAUCAAGUAG